GUGCUCUCCAGGGCGCCGCGCGGCGCUGGUGUCAGAGCUGUGGCCGCGCGAAUAGGGCUCCUCGGAGGUUUGGCGCUGUUGUAGCCGUAGCGAGACCUGGUGAGGGGCCCGGGGGCUCUGGGCGCUUAGAAUGGCAUCUCGGGCAGGCCCGCGGGCGGCUGGCACCGACGGCAGCGACUUUCAGCACCGGGAGCGCGUCGCCAAGCACUACCAGAUGAGUGUGACCCUCAAGUAUGAAAUCAAGAAGCUGAUCUACGUACAUCUGGUCAUAUGGCUGCUGCUGGUUGCCAAGAUGAGUGUGGGACACCUGAGGCUCUUGUCGCAUGAUCAGGUGGCCAUGCCUUAUCAGUGGGAGUACCCGUAUUUGCUGAGCAUUUUGCCUUCUUUCUUCGGCCUUCUCUCCUUCCCCCGCAACAACAUUAGCUACCUGGUGCUUUCUAUGAUCAGCAUGGGGCUCUUUUCCAUCGCUCCUCUCAUUUAUGGCAGCAUGGAGAUGUUCCCUGCUGCACAGCAACUCUACCGCCAUGGCAAGGCCUACCGCUUCCUUUUUGGGUUUUCUGCUGUCUCCGUCAUGUACCUGGUGUUGGUAUUGGCAGUCCAAGUGCAUGCCUGGCAAUUAUACUACAGCAAGAAGCUUCUAGACUCUUGGUUCACCAGCACACAGGAGAAGAAGCGUAAAUGAAGCAUAAAUGAAGCCUGAUGAACUGCUCUGUGGGGUGAAGCCUGGGAUUCCCUUUGAAUGAAGGGACAGGGAUAGACAGGCUGUUCACAAAUCUCCUCUGGUAAUUUUAGCAGCUAUAAUGCAGACCAGGCCAGAUUUCUGCAAAACCCCUCCUCCUGUCAUCUGAGGUGGCAAAACUGCAUUUAAUUUAUCCCUGGUUGACUAGAAUUGGAAGACCAACAGCUGUGAAACAAACUCCAGCUUGUUCAAAUUGCGGCCUUUCUGGGUUUUUCUUUAAGACUCACCUCAUUGUUGCCUCCUCUUGGUCAUUCUCUCCACUUCCAUCUAUCACUUCUUAGCCAUUGAGACUAAAGAAAAUAGGGAAUAAAACAAAUUCUAUUUCAACCUAUAUGUCAUGGGUCAGGAAACAUUUGGAAAACUGCUCUCCCUGCAGACUGUGGUCUCUCCUGCAAAGCAUUUUAAUUCAAAAGAACCCUCAAUAAAGUUAAGACUGCCUUGUC